CAACUUAUAAUAGUGAUAUAGUCUCAAAUUAUCAAUGUCGAGCUCACAUUUCUUCGGUCGAAUUAUUAAUUUAAAAUAUUUAUAGUUACAAAACUUCAUAUGUACACUAUAAAUACGAGCAGAUAAUUUGUAGGUUACAAAAUUCAAUAUUGAUUUUUGGCAAUAAACAACUAAAAUAAGUGUUCUAUGUUUCUGUGCAAGUAAAAGGUUCCUUGAGUAAUCAGUGUUCACAAUGUCUUUAAUAUUUCGACCGCCGACAGACCCGAAUUUAUCUAAAUUUGUGGAAAACAACGACUAUGACUCCCUCGCUAAGUACCUUGUAGGUAACAACUACAGAUUUCGCGAGAAUAUUAUAAUACCGAGGAUCCUUGGGCCAGUGAUUAUUAAAACGAAUGAGGAAAAGAUGAUUGAAGCCACUAUCGAAAGCUGCCCCUUUAAAUCCAUCACUAGUUGCAUUAUUGGCUACGGUCUCGGCGCAGCAGUGGGUCUAUUCACAUCUUCGCUAAUGCCAAACGUGUCAGUGACAGACCCCAACGCAAUGCAGACACAAUCCGCACGAGAGAUAUUACGAGAAAUGAGGACAUCUAUGCUAAGUUACGCAAAGAAUUUUGCUAUCCUCGGUGCUGUGUUCUCCGGUGUGGAAUGCUGUAUAGAGUCUGCGAGAGGAAAAACGGAUUGGAAAAAUGGAACUUAUGCCGGUGGGGUUACUGGUGGCCUAAUAGGAUUAAGAGGUGGUUUAAGGGCAGGUAUAUUUGGCGCCGCGGGCUUCGCAGCAUUUUCGACAGUUAUUGAUUAUUACAUGCAUCAACGUUGAUAAAGAGUUGCAACAUUUAAUUUAUAUUAGUAAUUGUUAGCAAUAAACCAAAUAGAUACCUA